AUGUCGCACGCUAUCCGCUCACCCUCACCAAGUGCAUGGCCGCCGGGCCCCGACACCGCGGCGCAGCGAGAACAGUACGUCAAAGCGCUGCUAAAGGACGGAGAGGGAAUCGAUCGCGAAUCGCACGUUUCUACACAAGGACGCAGUCAGUCUCUCAACCUGAUCCCCGUCCUCUUCGACGAGGGCAUCCCUGCGCAACUCCAGUCGGUAUCCCACGUCCUCUGCCACGUCCUUGAGGCGCUCAGCAACAACUACGAUCUCCUCGACUCGAUUUUCGCACCGAAAUGGCGCACGGAUCCGUGCACAUCCGGCACUGCUGGGACCGACUUGGCUAAGGAACAGCGUCGUCGUUUCCAUGAUCGGCUUUGGACGAUUGCGAGGAAGGCGUGGAAGCAGCGCCGGCCUUGCGUCGCGCUCCACGUCUUUGAGCUUGAUGCGAGCGUCCUCCAUCCCUUCCGACCCUCCUCGCUGGCCGUUAAAGGAUUCUCGACCCGUAUCGACUUCCACGACCUCAUCCCCUCAAGUAUGGUCGUCAGAACAUUUCAAAACGUCCUUCGCUCAGAUCCUGCACCGUCGAUCAAGCCCAUGGUGGACUACCUCGUCAACCAGCCGUUCCAGGACGAGGAAAAGUACGGACCGGGCCUGUUCCGCGCGAUGGCAUUCACUGGCUCGGGACCGCGCGGAUCGAUGGCAGGCAGCCUCCGUAGCGUCCGCUCGCAGCAGAUCGAGCUGCUCGUCAAGCUCGGACUGUACGAUGUACACCAAGAGUAUGACGACUUUGGCGAUCGUCUUUGCCUACUCGUGGUCAGCGAAGGGGAGAUGCAGAGGGAUCCGCGUCGCUACCUCCAUCUGGACCAGUACAAUGGCGCCACCGAAGAAUACGACUGCAGCAUCCGGGAGCAGCCCUGGUCCGAGUCGCCCCGGGACGAGGGCGAGCCGUGGGUAGAGUACCCGGUGGGUGCGCAGUUCUUUAACUGCAUCACGGCCUGCGUGCGCGUGACGCUGGCCGAGAUCGACGCACACCUUUCGCCCGAAGCCGCACAGUCUUCCGCUCCCGGACGUCUGGUGCUGGACACGGCCUUCUUGGGUAGGCGCGCGAGGCGACCGCAGCUCGAGGUCGACUGCGUGCUGUGGGACCGCUCGCUCGGAUACGACGUGCCCGAGUCGUACUGGCGCUGUCGCGAGAUGGUCGAGAUGUCGAGCUGCGCAAAGGUGUCUCCGGCAGGCUUCGAGGUGCUCGGGGACGAUCGGGUCUGGGAGAAGAUCCGCAGCCUCGAUGCCGAUCACAUCGAGAGCAUGCUGAGACUUGAAAAGGGGUACAAAAGGCUCUGGACGGCAGCGUCGGAGGACCCAGAGCGCACCCAGUUCAAGACAUUCUCGACCGGUGCUGCCUCGUACGUCAAGCGGAGCGACAUUGAGAUUUUCUGCACUCAGCUGCGGCAGCCGUCCGGCGCUUCGGAAGGUCCAUCGAGCGAAUCGGCCGCAACGACCACCAUCUUGGCAGAUGUCUUCUCGCACGAUUUAGCGGUGCCACUGGACGUCCGGGUCCAUCAUCACCGCUUCUCGCUCUUACGCUGCUCGCUGAGCAACUACGGCUUCAUGGGCGACACGUACAUUGGCGUUCAAGAAUUUGUUCCACCUCGGCAGCGCAGCUUCGCAGUCAAGACACAUCACCUCCCCGCCAUCUCGCAGCGCGAUUGUAUCGCCGCACAGGCGAAUUCCGCCAAAGAAGAAGACCUGCCCUUCGCCUGGUCCGCUCUUGUCGUGGGGCCAAGCUUCUCGACAAGAGAAAUGGAGAUCUGA